UGGCAGAAAUAGAUGGGGCUCUUCUUUCUCAAACUCUGCAAAUGUUCCAAUGAAGUUACGCUGCUACAACUGUCAUGAACAAGGUCAUUUGGCAAGGAACUGCCCUAAGCCCAACAACAACAAAGACUUUACACCUGCGCAUCCUGCUCCUCCAAAUCCUGAAAGGGCUCUUGUGACGACAAACGAUUCAAUCGCUGCUGGUGAAGGAACUCAGAGUUCAGCCCUUGUUGUUCAACCAAGUGCAGAUUUCAAUUGGGAUGAUGAAAUUCAACGUCUGAACAUCUCACAACCAGAAAUCCAGAGUGCUGCUCAAAACAUAGCGUUCAUGACUUCAGAUGAAAAGGACUCUUCGCCAGAUGCUGAGCCUCAAGCUGAGAACUUUGCAUUCAUGACCAAAAUCCUGUCAGCUCCUGUUCAUGGACUCACUGCUGAAGAGAAAAAGUUGAUGUGAAAUGUGAAGAGACACUUGGGGGAGAACAAGUUUUAAAUUCUGAUUCACAAAAACCUUGUUUUGAUGAAAAUAAUCCUGAUCUUAUUUUGGGACAAAGUAUUUUUAGUAUGUUUCUUUCUUUAGCUGCUAAUGGGCCUGAUGUUUUGGGCAAGACUGAUGAUGUUUGUGUUGAAACUGUGAACACUAAU